AUUUCUUGAAAAAUGAAGGCUUGUUCAUACAUGAAAAGGGCUUUGGUUUUCUUGAUUUCUUGUUUGUGUGUAACCAUGGAAGCAAUGGGCAAUGCAAGAAAUUCUAGUGCUUCUACUUCUUCUUCUUCUUCUGUUAGCCCAAAAGUGCUAAACAUUGGAGCAUUGUUCACAUUCAAUUCCACCAUUGGAAGGUCUGCAGGGCCAGCUCUUACUGCUGCAAUUCGAGACGUAAACUCGGAUUCGAGCAUUCUCAAUGGCACUAAGCUCAAUCUCAUCUUGCAGGAUACUAACUGCAGUGGCUUUCUUGGAACAUUUGAAGCUAUGCAGCUUAUGGGGAAAGACAUUGUUGCUGCACUCGGGCCACAAUCCUCGGGCAUAGCUCACUCGAUCUCCUUUAUCAUGAACGAGCUCCACGUGCCUCUCCUGUCGUUCGCUGCAACGGAUCCCACUCUUUCGGCUCAGCAUCAGUACCCUUACUUCCUCAGAACAACCAUAAGUGAUCAUUUCCAAAUGUAUGCAGUCGCUGAUCUCGUCUCGUAUUUUGGAUGGAGCGAAGUGGUGGCCGUCUUCGUGGACGAUGACUAUGGCAGAAACGGGAUCUCUGUUCUGGGCGAUGCUCUUGCCACGAAACGCGCCAAGAUCUCUUACAAGGCGGCCUUAACCCCCGGUGCUUCAAGAACCGAGAUUGACAGCAUGUUGGUGGGGGUGAACUUGUUAGAAACCCGAGUUUUCGUAGUACAUGUGAAUCCGGAUUCGGGCCUGAACAUCUUCUCAGUAGCUAGCAAGCUUGGGAUGAUGAACAAUGGCUAUGUUUGGAUAGCUACAGAUUGGCUCACUUCUCUUCUAGAUUCCUCUGAAGUCGAGCCAGAGACGCUCGAGCUCUUACAAGGAGUCGUUGCACUUCGCCAUCACACUCCGGAUUCUGAUGCCAAAACAAGGUUUGCAUCUACUUGGAGAGGCCUCAGGAGCAAGGAGACGACGCGCUUCAACACCUACGCGCUCUAUGCUUACGACUCAGUGUGGCUGGUAGCGCGAGCCCUCAAUGAGUUCUUCUCCAGUGGCGGAGCCAUCACCUUCUCCGAUGAUCCAAGGCUGCAAGAGGCAGACGGUGGCAGCAAAAACGCCCGCAUCACGUCUCUACGAGUCUUCAACGAGGGCUCGAGACUGCUGCAGGUGCUGCUCAGGAUGAACUUCAGUGGUGCAGCUGGCCUAGUUCAGUUUGAUUCGGCCAAGAAUCUAGUCAAUCCCUCGUUCGAUGUUAUAAACUUCGGAGGGGCUGGCUCGCGCAGUCUCGGCUACUGGUCGAAUCACUCGGGCCUAUCGACCGUUCCUCCCGAAUCACAGCACACAAAGCCAUCAAACACUAGCUCGAAAGCUAGUCAGCAUCUCUACGGUGUGAUAUGGCCCGGGGAGACCACAAAGAGGCCCCGUGGAUGGGUGUUUCCCGACAACGGGAAGCCUCUGCGGAUCGCAGUGCCGUAUAGAGUGAGUUUCCCUAGUUUUGUGACUAAAGAUGAAGGGCCUUUAGGGGCUAAGGGAUUCUGCAUUGAUGUGUUUGAAGCUGCACUUGCUUUGUUACCUUAUCCUGUCCCUCACCAAUACAUCUUGUUUGGAGAUGGUAAAAGGAAUCCUUCCUUUGACAAUAUUGUCAAUGAUGUUGUCCAAGACAAAUAUGAUGCUGCUGUAGGGGAUGUGACCAUCACAACAAACAGAACUAGGAUUGUGGACUUCACACAGCCAUACAUGGACUCGGGCCUCGUCGUGGUCGCUCCGAUGCAGAAGGUCAAAUCGAGCCCGUGGGCGUUUCUGAAGCCGUUCACUUGGCAAAUGUGGGCUGUGACCGGGGUCUUGUUCCUCUUCGUGGGCACCGUCGUGUGGAUCCUCGAGCACCGGAUGAACGCCGAGUUCCGGGGACCUCCGAGCCAGCAACUCGUCACCGUGUUUUGGUUCAGCUUCUCAACUAUGUUUUUCUCACACAGAGAAAACACAGUUAGCACAUUGGGGAGAUUAGUGCUUAUUUUAUGGCUUUUCACAGUGCUGGUUAUCAACUCAAGCUACACAGCUAGUUUGACAUCAAUCCUCACAGUUCAACAACUCAGUUCAAGAAUUCAAGGGAUUGAUAGCUUGACCACAAGUUGGGAACCUAUCGGGAUCCAAGACGGAUCGUUCGUGUAUAGAUACCUCGUCGACGACCUACACGUAGCCGAGUCAAGGCUACGGGUGUUAAAGGGCGAAGACGAGUACAUCAGGGCUCUGGAACGGGGUCCGUCCGGCGGUGGGGUGGCCGCCAUCAUCGACGAGCUCCCGUACGUCGAGUUUUUCCUCUCCAACACGCGAUGCCAGUUCACCACCGUCGGACAGGAGUUCACUAAGAGCGGAUGGGGAUUCGCUUUCCAGAGGGAUUCGCCGUUGGCGGUUGACCUGUCGACGACUAUCCUCCAGCUGUCGGAAAACGGAGAACUUCAGCGGAUCCACGAUAAGUGGCUCCCGCGCGAACGGUGCUCAACCCUAGAAGAACCGACCGACGACGCCCGACUUUCGUUGAAGAGCUUCUGGGGCCUGUUUCUCAUCUGCGGCGUCACGUGUGUCGGUGCCCUGGCAUUCUUCUUUGGCCGGGUUUGUUUCCAGUACAACAGGUUGAGUGCGGACGGAGGGCCGGUCAUACCUGGGCCGACCGAUCCGGCCAACCAAUCGCGCAUUUGCGGGCUCUUCAAGGCUCUUAUGGAUAUCAUCGAUAGGAAAGAGACAGAAAUCAAAGAUAUGUUCAGACAAAUGAGGGAAGAUUCGAAUAGGGAAGCUGAAGCCGGCCGAGACUCGAACAGGCCGAGCAGCUAAAACGAGUUCGCUUCAUCGACUCUUCCCGAACUCACAGCCUAGUUUGGUAAUAAGACAUAUAUACAGUUUGAUUGAUUGAUGGGUAAAAUACAUGGGAGGGACAUUGCUGCAACAGGGGCAAUUUAUUCAUUUUUUUUACAUGACUUCUGAAUAUAUGAGAGAUAAAAAGGAGUAUAAUGUGUGGA